UGCCUGGUCCCGCUGCCUUGAUAACGUCCAUCUUCCUCAGAGUGGAUUGGACUAGAUGGCAUUGUAGGGAAGAAACUGGAUACACUUCAGGUGACAGGUGGAGUCAGAACCGACAAUGUUUACCUCAGCCAAGAUCCAGAAGUUUUUUAUGAUAGUAACAUGUUGGCUGGGAGGAGUUUUCACAUGCUUGGUGUUCUUCCAGUACACCUCACGCAGCUGCUCCUUUGACUCCAUCCAUCCUUAUCCGCAACAAUCUUACAAGAGUCAAAUCAACAGCAGUGCCACGCGACAGCAAACCAGCCCUCGGCCGGAGAAGCCCACCACUACUGCAGCCCCUCAGCCGGAGAAGCCCAUCCUGUUGUUGUGGAUCUGGCCAGAAAACUACAGGUUUGACUUUGGCGACUGUAAAAGAUUCUACAACAUCGACGGCUGUCAGCUAACGGAUGACAGAAACCUGUACGACCAGGCGGAUGCGGUCCUUAUCUUCCACAAAGCCAUUAGUUGGGAUAUGUCCAACCUUCCACCAUCUCCUCGUCCGCCUUUCCAAAAGUGGAUCUGGUUCCAUGUGGAGUCACCCACUAACACACCGAGAGUAGCAGGCAUUGAAAAUCUCUUCAACCUGACACUGAGUUACAGGAGGGAUGCAGAUAUUUCUGUGCGAUACCCACUGACAGUCAGCAAAGCCCCAAACCCGGAGUUCGUGAUGCCCAAGAAGGACAAACUUGUCUGCUGGUUUGUGUCCAACACCGCCCCCCACACUGGAACGGGGACCAGGAUGAAGUUCUACGAGGAGUUUAAAAAGUACAUUAAAGUGGAUGUGUUUGGCAUGAUGGCCGGCAACCGUCUGAAUGAACAAGACUACUAUCCGACCAUGGCCAGCUGCAAGUUCUACCUGUCUUUCGAGAACUCCAUCCACAGGGACUACAUUACGGAGAAGUUAAAUGGUCCGCUGUCAGUAGGCACUGUCCCAGUAGUGCUGGGACCCCCGAGGCAAAACUACGAGGAAUUUGCUCCAGGCGAUUCGUUCAUUCACGUGAAUGACUUCCCUAAUGCCUCGGUGCUGGCCGAUUAUCUAAUCCGACUGGACAAAGACGAAGAGGCCUACAGAAGGUACUUUGACUGGAGAAAACACGUCACGGCAACUCCUCAUCUCAUUGAAAGGCUUCAAGAGUUCAUCAUUUACAUCUGCCAUGCUUGUGAAUAUAUUGGAAGACACAGAGAAUAUAAAGCAGCUCAUGAUAUAUACAAGUGGUAUUUUUCUUAAAUGCUAAGAAUUUUAGGAAAAAUGCUUUUUGGGUUACACUGUAAUUGAUAAUGCAUAGAUAAUACUGUACUUUUUAAAACUUUCAUCUGCCCACUGCCUUAAAGAAAAAUGUCACUUACAGUAUCCUGAAAAGCAAUAGAGAAAAAAAUUAAUGUUGUAGAGCCAUAAGUUAUUGUUUACUUGGGCAGAAUUAUGCAGAGACUCUUUUAGGACUUUUUAAAGAAUGUAUGAAUGUAUUUUGAAUGUAUGAAUGCACCUUACCUCUGUGGUGACUCCAGUGGCAGUCACUGCCGUGUUUCUCUAAGCUCUGACUAGCUGGGUGCUAGAGAGGAGAGCAUGUUAAUGAAGGCAAAACAAGCCUAGAUUCAGCACUGCUACCAGGUACUGUCACGUUUGCCAACUUGUUAAAUGACUGGGAUCUUUGGAGAACAAUAAGGAAGGAGUCGUACCGAUGGCUCAGAAAGCUCAGGGUAAAUGGACUUAACAGUGUCCAACUCAGAUUUAUGCUGGCUCUGAGCUGCUAUAUCACGUACCUUCCCCAAGAAUAAUAGGUGAAUUGGUAAUGUAACACUAGUGUGCGCAUUUCUGAGAAAUGCUGUUUGUGUUCUUAUUUGCACUGCUGUGCCUGUUUGGUGGCAUAAAGGGAGAGUGAAUGUCAGUGGUAACUGUUUUUUCAUAACCUGUUCUCUUUGUUUAUUGCCAUAUCCUGUUCUCUUUAUUUUAUUACCAUAAUGUCACGGUUAGUCCCGUCCAGCUUCCAUGGUCCAUGUUUUCCCUGACUUGUGUAUUUUAGUUCCAUUCCGUAGUUUCGU